CAUCCAUCAAGUGACGUCACUGCUCGGCAGGCUGCUCCGUGGUUAAGUUUAGCGGAUUUUUCUCCGCCGUUUGCUUUGAUUUUUACGCUUUGCAAUUCAGGAUCCACAUUUUGGUUUACAAUGAGUCACUUCAACAAAGGGCCGGCUUAUGGGCUGUCAGCGGAAGUCAGGAGCAAAAUUGCUCAGAAGUAUGACCCACAAAAGGAGGAGGAGCUCCGUUACUGGAUUGAGGAGGUAACUGGUAUGUCUAUUGGAGAGAACUUCCAGAAAGGCUUAAAAGAUGGCGUCAUCUUGUGCGAACUGAUCAAUAAGCUGCAGCCUGGUUCUGUAAAGAAAAUCAACCUUUCACAGCUCAAUUGGCACAAGCUGGAAAACCUUGGGAAUUUUAUCAAAGCUAUUUUAGCCUACGGACUAAAGCCCAAUGACAUCUUUGAGGCCAAUGACCUGUUUGAAAAUGGCAACAUGACUCAAGUCCAGACCACACUGUUAGCACUGGCCAGCAUGGCGAAGACCAAAGGUAUAGACACAAAAGUUGAUAUUGGGGUGAAAUACGCUGACAAACAAAUGCGACAUUUUGACGAUGAGAAGAUUAAGGCCGGCCAUUGUGUCAUUGGACUUCAGAUGGGAACAAACAAGUGUGCAAGUCAGGCUGGAAUGACUGCUUAUGGAACCAGAAGACAUCUUUACGAUCCAAAGACGCAGGCGGACAAACCUUAUGACCAGACCACCAUCAGCCUGCAGAUGGGCACCAACAAAGGAGCCAGUCAGGCAGGCAUGCCAGCCCCAGGUACCCGCAGAGACAUCUUUGACCAAAAGGUGGCACUGCAGCCACUAGACAACUCCACCAUCUCUCUCCAGAUGGGUACCAAUAAGGUGGCGUCUCAGACGGGUAUGAGUGUGUAUGGUCUGGGCCGUCAAGUCUACGACCCCAAAUACUGUGCCCCACCUACAGAGCCGAUCAUCCACACCAAUGGCAGCCAGGGCACUGGCACCAACGGCUCAGAGAUCAGCGACAGUGACUAUCAGGCGGAGUUCCAUGAAGAGGAGUACCACGGAGGUUACCAUGACGACUACAGCUCCCAUUACAACGAUCAGGGCAUCGACUAUUAGCAUGCUCCUCCGUAGCCGUUAGUUGGUGCAGUAUUAAGAAGUGUAUUUUAUCAACAACAGAGCAAGAGUUUUGCUGUCCUCGUGUUUUUGUUUUUUUGUUUUUUUUUUUGGUUUUGUUUAUUGAAGCAUACAGAGAAAUGUAGCCUUCAGUGUGUUUCUCUUCACGUCCUCUUUUUGAUUUGAGCAGUAAAGGUUGUGACACAUUGUAGUAGCACAGAGAUGUGAUGCAGCAUUGAAAAUCUUUUAAAACUUUUAUUCCAACUUUUUUUUAAGAUUUGUGAAUUUUGGAACACUGACGUAUUGAGAACUUUUUUUGAUCAGUGGGGCAGCAGAGGUGCAACUGCAGCAUUCCAACUUUAUAAUCCCUAAUGUGAACCUGUGGUCGACUAUCCAUUGAUAAUAAUUCCUUUCUCUGAUCACGUGCUUUUGCUUUUGUGCUCAUGUAUGAUAUUCUUACACACAAUCACAGGGUUUUUUGGGGGGUGGGGUUGCACCUGAUCAUGUGGGGUUGUUUUCUUCCCUUUUUAUAUAUAUAAAAAAUAUGAUGGCCCUUUAACUUGUGAUGGUUGUUGCAGUGGUGCCAAUGACCAAACUGGAGUUGAAUCAGUUUUGCAGUUGUGCUUGUUUGUGCCAUCACAUGAUUUAUAUUUUCAUGUAGUUGCCCUUGUAUGCCCAGUCUGUAUUUAUUGAGUCUUUGUAAACCGGUUCACUGUUGUAUGACUCUUUGAGAAAACAAAUAAAGCCUUAAUUUCAUUAGCA